GCCGCCCCCGUCUUCCACCAUUGCCCCUCGUCUCUCCGUCCCCCAAUUUCUUCCUCUCUUUGCCCUCCGCGCUGCCACCACCCCCUGCCCCUGCACGGCCUUCAAAUCCGCCCGCUGUUUCCCUUCGCGCGCAGCUCCCUCACCACGCCGCGCCGGCGCGGCGGGGCGCCGUUCGGUGGGCGGGUCACGCUUCUUGGAUCUCGCGGGGUGUCUGCCUGCCUGGUUGCCUUGGUCUCGGCGUCUCCUGGCGAUUCGGGCUGCUUGCUGGGGGGUGAUGACUGUGGCUAGUCCCGAGCUGAUGGCUGCGUAAAAGGUUGGAUUGGUUUUCCCGGCAGAGGGGAUUGGAUCUUGGCGGAGUUGCAGGAGGCCGGAUUGCGACGCCGCUGUGUCCGCCGGGACUGGAUAGUCGCCGCCGCUGCGAUUUCCGCUUUGUCAGGAAUCACUCAAAAGCUGCGUCUUUGCUGGCGCGUUGAUCGGCGAUGGCGAACCACGAGCUCGUCCUCGGGCACGGGCAGAACGCGGAGCUUGCGCUGGGGCAGAACCACCACGACUUCGGCCAGGACCAUGGGCUGGGCCUCGGCCAUGGCCACGAGCUCGAUCUCGGCAGCCACCACCACGACCACGACCUUGUCUUGGGCCAGUCCCAUGAACACGACCAUGAACUUGUACUUGGCCAGUCGCACGACCAUGACCUGGGGUUGGGGCACCAUGACGACGAUCACCAGCUGGUACUCGGGCACGACCACCACCACCAUGGUGGGGAGCUGGCUCUGAGGCAGGGCCAUGAGGGGGACUCCGGAGCACUGGAUGUGCAGGGCCACCACCACGAUGAGCUUGAGUUGUCGGACAGCCACGAGUUGACUCUUGCUGAGACGCACCACCUUGGCGUCGAUCAGAAUCUGGAUGACCAGCUCACACUUGAGCAGGCUCAUGAACUCGCACUGCAUCCACAUGACCUCUCCCAGGCUCCUCUCGCAGUUGCUCCUGUUGUCCAGUCACGGACCAUGGUUGUGAGCCCCGAGUUUCAGCUUGCAGUGGGGCAGGAGUUUCCGGAAGUUAUGAGCUGCCGCAGGGCCAUCCGCAACACUGCCAUCGCCUGCCACUUUGAGAUACAGACAGUGAAGUCUGACAAGACAAGGUUCACUGCUAAGUGUGCUGCUGAGGGCUGCCCGUGGCGCAUACAUGCUGCAAAGCUCCCUGGUGUGCCUACCUUCUCCAUCAGAACCAUACAUGACAACCACAGCUGCGUGGGGAUCAACCAUCUUGGCCAUCAACAGGCAUCUGUUCAGUGGGUUGCAAACACUGUUGAAGAAAGGCUACGUGAGAACCCACAAUGCAAGCCCAAGGAAAUUCUGGAAGAAAUACACAAGGCCCAUGGGAUCACACUAUCCUACAAGCAAGCUUGGAGAGGGAAGGAGCGCAUCAUGGCUGCAGUUCGAGGGUCUUUUGAGGAAGGCUAUCGUCUCCUGCCUGAGUACUGUAAGCAGGUGGAAAGAACAAAUCCAGGAAGUAUUGCUCGAGUCUAUGGAAACCCAGAUGACAAUUGCUUCAGGAGGCUCUUCAUAUCAUUCAAUGCUUCAAUAUUUGGUUUUGUGAAUGCAUGUCGUCCACUCAUUGGGCUUGACAGGGUCCUUCUGAAAAACAAGUAUCUUGGUACCUUGCUUCUUGCAACUGGCUUUGAUGGCGAUGGUGCUCUCUUUCCUUUGGCAUUUGGCGUGGUUGAUGAGGAAACUGAUGAGAACUGGGUAUGGUUCUUGUCUGAGCUGCAUGAGUUGCUGGAGAAGAACACAGAGAACAUGCCAAGGCUCACCAUCUUAUCAGAUAGACGGAAGGGUAUUAUUGAUGGGGUUGAAUUCAACUUUCCAACUGCAUUCCAUGGGUUCUGUAUGCGCCAUGUUAGUGAAACCUUCAAAAAGGAGUUCAGCAAUCCGCAGCUUGUCAACCUUCUCUGGGAAGCUGCUCAUGCACUGACUGUGAUAGAGUUUGAAACUAAGCUGCUGGAGAUAGAGGACACCUCACCAGAAGCUGUUGUUUGGAUAAGGCAUCUUCCACCUCGUCUUUGGGCCACAGCUUACUUUGAGGGGACAAGGUACGGACACCUAACAGCAAACAUCACCGAGUCACUAAAUUCCUGGAUACUGGAUGCAUCUAGCCUUCCUAUAAUUCAGAUGAUGGAAUGCAUCCGUCGCCAGCUAAUGACGUGGUUCAACGAACGGCGUGAAGCAAGCAUGCAGUGGACAACAAUCCUUGUGCCCCUGGCUGAGCGCCGUGUCCAAGAGGCCAUUGAGCGUGCGCGGGGCUACCAGGUGGCCCGAGCCAAUGAGGCGGAAUUCGAGGUCAUCUCGGCUCACGAGGGAACAAAUAUCGUGGACAUCCGCAACAGAUGCUGCUUGUGCCGGGGAUGGCAGCUCUACGGGGUACCCUGUGCUCAUGGUGUGGCGGCGCUCCUCUCCUGCAGACAGAACGUCCACCGCUACACUGAGAGCUGCUUCACCGUAGCAACAUACCGCAAGACAUACUCGCAGACCAUACACCCAAUCCCAGACAAGACCCUCUGGAAUGAAACCGCAGGCCAAGGCCAGGCUGAAGAGAACAAGUUGGAGAUAAUCAUCAACCCACCAAAGUCAUUGAGGCCCCUAGGGAGGCCAAGGAAGAAGAGGGUCCGCGCGGAGGACCGUGGGCGAGUCAAGCGAGUCGUUCACUGCAGUCGCUGCAACCAGAUAGGACACUUCAGAACUACAUGUGCUGCUCCAAUAUGAACAAUGUCAUCAUACAUGCAGUGUUGAAAUCCCAAAUAGCUGCAGUAUUACUGAGACAAGUUAGAACUUAGUGUCUAUUGUGCAAACUUCUUGCUUGCAGGUGGGCGUCUUCGGCUAUAUACUUACUGCUGCCGUUCUAGCAUUGGAUUAUAAUGUUAAUUUCAGUUAUAUAUAUCUCUUGCCAAAUCGAGGGAAAUAGUGUGUCUACUUUCUCGAAUUGUUGUAUAUGAGUAAUGAGAUACUUGUUUUAUCGCCAAGAAUGAGUUGAUGCUUUCUCAGUUAAUUUUA